AUGCAAUCACACACAAUAAUUGAUGCUAUAGCCUUAAGACUAACCGUACCCCAAUCAAACAAGAACAGGCGCCUAGGUGCAUUAGCCACAUUCUCUGCCCACGCCUGUGAAGGUUCACGCUCAUCCGGAAUCACACAGAAACUAGAUGAACGCCUUCACCCGGGCACUACAGUCCAUCGCGGUACCCGGUUCAUCCUUCCAUCUAUUGGCCUUACUGGCGCACCAUGCCAAUGUCUGGUUGGAUCCCAUAUCGUCAUAUGGUACCAUACUCGGCCAAGGCAGCUGACCAGGUUAUCCUCCGAGUCUUCCUCCCUUCAUGCACAGCCUCCACGCUGCCAAUCCGGUUGGGCUCUGACGUGCGAGAAUGCGCUUGACUACACCUUCCUAGACAACAUGUGGUUAGACACGCCACAUGUUCUCAGUACUUAG